AUGGAAGCGCCUAUCCAGAACCUCGAGAACACCGACGUCCUCGUCGGCCCUCCACAGCUGCGUAUCCGGCUCUUUUGGUUCACGACCAACAGCCCCAUCAACACCAGCUUUAUAAAGGUUGUGCAUCACCUCGCCGUCGAGGUUGCUAAAGAAUACGCACGCGACGUUGGGAACCUGAAGCAAACAAGGGAUGACUUGGCCGCCGUCUUGAAGGCCUCGCAUGCUCAAUGGGACGUCAUCAUAGGCUGUCAGAUCUUUCCAAUGAUCCAGGCGGACAUUGUACCACCCAGCAGGCCCAUUAUCCCUCAAAAGCGCCCGGCGGACCCACAGUCCCAAAAUUCAGUGGUCGAGAGAACCAGGAUUGCGACCGAUGGCAGCCCAGGGAUCAUUUUCUUGACGACCAUCUCGGUACCGGCCUCACAGGUCGGGCCCCCCCGAUAUGAACCUGCAGUUAAGGGCUAUGGCCCAACGAGUGGGAGAAGCAGCGCGAGAUGCCGGCGUGCAGAAUCGCACUCCCAUGAUCAAAAUGCAGAUGCGGCCUCGUCGUACCAUACCAAACGAAAAUCACCGUAUGAAGUCAGUCGUGGACAGGGUUCAUUACUUCAGAGAGAGUCAUCUCCGGAAGCCAUCGUCGUCUAG